AUGACGAGCACCGCACCGGUUACACAGAUUAUACAUCUCGGCUUCGAGCAAAACCCGGACGCGAAGUUGGACGACACCGGGCUCUGGGCAGAGGCUCUCGACGCUUGCGAGUCGCCUGGACUCCAGCGGUUGUAUUGGGCACGCAGUCUGGAGCAUCCGGAGCAUGUGGAGUUGCACCUCGUCCGGCAGUCAAUCUCCCAGCAUCAAGACUGGCUCAACUCAGCCAGCCACCGAGCCUUCCUCGCUAUCCUCGGAAAGCUCUCGGUCAGAGUCAAGACUACACGGCAUGCACAGAUGAAAUCGUGGACUCCAACCGAUCAUUCCCUAGCCCGCGGUGCACCCUUCACAGGCACGGCAAUCUACUACAACACCACCGAAGUCUGGAACGACUACGCUUGGCCCUUGUGGACGCACAUAGUCCGACACAUCGACGGCUGUCUUGGAUGUUCUGGAGGACCUCUUCUUGAGCCUGUGGUAACUAUGCCAGGACCUUUGAGCGUGAGUUUGAGUGGGAAGGGGGAGCAGAAGAGGUUUGAGACGGGCUAUGUGGUUUACGUUGGGUGGGAGACGACGGAGAAGCAUCAUGUGUAUCACCAUACGGAGCAUUUCAAGCAGUUUGGAAACGUGUUGAGGUGUGGAAAUGAGGGGUUUGCGGAGUAUGGGCACGUUGUUUUUGAGGGGUCGAGGGAGAAGGGGAUUGGGAAGGGGACGAGGUUGUGA